AAAGAGCAAGAAAGUGAGCGAGUGGGCAAAGCGGGCUGGAGCCACCUGGAGCGCUGCUCUUCUUCCUCUGCUUCUCUCCCCCUUUCCUGCUGUUCUUUGCCAGAGGAUUGCAGUCUUUACAAAGAAAAAAAAUCAGCUUGGACUGGAGAAAUCUAAAGUGUCUUGAAGAAAUGGAUAUUUUUCAUUGGCUGGCUGACACGAUAUUUAGAGAGCUUUGUUGCUAGUGAAUAUGUGCACAUCCUGACUCUGUUUCUACAUGACGGUGUGGGGCAAUACUCGGAAUGAAGCUUCCAUCAUGUCGUCCACAUGCGGUGGCACUGAUAUUGAAGAGUUCUUGGUCAACAUUAACUUGGGGCAGUAUCUUCCAAACUUUAAAGAACAUGGCUAUAAUAUUGUGACAGAUUGUGUGGGAAUAAAUAACAGCAUACUUCAGGAAAUGGGAGUGUUGCCUACAGGUCAUCGCAGAAGGAUUCUGAAGCAAUUAGAUGCUGCUCUUUCAAGAAUGCAAGAAAAUGAUCUUUUAUGUGAAAAUCUAAAAUUCAAAGACCUGAAAGUUUUAGAAGAGAAACAAUAUUCAUCGUCAGUUCAGGAGUCUCCAGUAAGCAGUGCAAAUGUAGAGGAGACUAGCUUGAUUCCUGCAACAUUCUCAGAACAACUUAAUAAACCUUCCAAUGAUAAAGAAGAGUUUGAACUUGCAGAGCAAAACAUACCAGAGGCAAACAAUGAUGGCUUUAAAAAUUUGGAUUUUCCUAGUUUGUACCAGAAUUCAGACAGCAUACUGAAAGCUGUCAGUCAAGGUGGAAGUAUUAAGACAAAUACUCAGCCAGAUCCAUCACUGGAAGAAUCUGCUGCAUACCAAGCUGGUGAGCACUUGGCUGGCUGUUUGGCAAUUCGGGAUCCUCCUUCUUCAUUUGCUCAGUCAUGCGAGAUGAAAUACAAUGAAAACAAACAUUCAAUGUUUGCAGAUGAGGGUGGUAUAUCUGAUAGUAAGCCAGAUUUUCCAUUCUAUAAGUUUAAAGGAGAAAUGGUAGACAAUGAUUUGUAUGAUUCUUAUACGAAAAACUGCAUGAAAGUAUUUCCAAGAGCAAGCCGAUCUUUUAUGUUAAGGCAUCGACCUGUACCAGAAAUUCCUGAAUCAAGUAAAGUUCAAAUUUCAUCAAGUUCCCUUCAGAAAAGAAGAAAUGUGGAACUUGUAAAGUUUUCUUGCACCGGGAGGCAAAUUUCAGAGAACAAAACUUUCGCAGAAGAAAAGCCACCUAUUAUCUCUCCAUAUGGGGAAACCUUUAUUUGUGACAACCCUAAAGAUGCUAAAGAGCUUCAUAGCAAUGAAUUCCUGGCUUGUGAAAAUAAAUUGGAUCUAGGAACGAAUGAAGAGCAUUCUGCUUACAAGAAUCUAUGUUCCUUUAAUAAUCAGAAAGAGAAGACAAAGGAAUUUGCAAAAAAAGAAUCCCUGUCUCAAGAAAACAAAUCAUUAGCACCAGAAGAAUCUGAAAGUGAAUCUGUAUAUUCUAUUGUAGAACAAUGUUCUUUGCCUUCAAAGAAAAAGAAAAAUAAAGCCAAAACACACUCAACAUCAUGUAGUAAGAUAAGAAGUGGAGAUUUAGAUUGCUCAGUCAGUGAAAAAAUGCAUUUUCAAAACUUUGAUGGUGAUCAAACUUCGUUUGGAAAUGAUCCAAUAACACCGUAUGCUUGUUUUUAUGGAACAUCAGUAAAGAAGGCUAAAGCAGGAUGGCUGGAUAAAUUAUCCCCUCAAGGCAAAUGUGUGUUUCAGAAGCGCUGGGUUAAGUUCGAUGGAGACAGCGUUUCUUAUUACAAUAAUGAAAAGGAAGUUUUCUCAAAGGGAAUAAUAUUGCUCUCUGCUAUAGCAACAGUAAGAGUUCAUGGGGAGAAUAAAUUCGAAAUUGUCACAUCCCAUAGGACUUUCGUCUUCCGUGUGGAUAAAGAAGAAGAAAGGAAUGACUGGGUUAAUACAAUGCUCAAUGCCUUGAAAUCACAGUCUGAUAAUAACUCUCAGUCUCGAACUUCUGUCACCCCUGAGAAAAGCGGAUAUCUUGAGCUGAAAGGAUACAAAGCCAAAAUCUUUAUUCUACUUCAGGGGAGUACUGUGUGGAUCUGCAAAAAUGAGCAGGAUUUUAAGACAGGAUUUGGUAUCACUUUAAUCCCUAUGAACGUGGCAAAUGUAAAACAAGUGGAUCGGACUGCAAAGCAAUCUUUUGAAAUAAUUACUCCUUAUAAAAGCUUUAGCUUUACAGCAGAGUCAGAAAGAGAGAAACAGGACUGGAUUGAAGCACUUCAGCAAUCAAUAGCAGAAACUCUGUCUGAUUAUGAAGUAGCUGAGAAGAUUUGGUUCAAUGAGUCCAACAGGAGCUGUGCUGACUGUAAAGCUCCCAGUCCUGACUGGGCAUCCAUCAAUCUCUGUGUUGUCAUUUGUAAGAAGUGCGCAGGACAGCACAGAUCUUUAGGACCAAGAGAUUCAAAGGUCCGGAGUCUAAAAAUGGAUGCUAGUAUUUGGAGCAAUGAACUUAUUGAGCUUUUUAUCAUCAUUGGAAAUAAGAGGGCAAACAGUUUUUGGGCAGGAAAUCUUCCUCCAGAUGAAGAGCUGCAUAUGGAUGCCCCUGCAGAAAAAAGAAUAGCAUUCAUUACACAAAAGUACAAGGAGGGAAAAUUUAGGAAAGCACCCUUUCCCUACAAAACCAAGGAACAGUUGAAUAAGGCCCUGUGUGCUGCUGUAGUUAAACAAGAUGUGCUAGAAACCCUGAUGUUGCUGUUCAGUGGGGCUGAUGCUAUGUGUGCCACUGGAGACCCUGUUUACAGCACUCCAUACUUACUAGCCAAGAAAGCUGGACAAAGACUGCAGAUGGAAUUCCUAUACCAUAAUAAAUUCUCAGAUUUCCCAAACUAUGAUACUUGUUUUGAAAGUGGCUUUUCUGAAGAUUCUUCACAUUCCACCUUUCUUUGUGAAUUCUUAUACAAAGUUUCUUCUAAUACUGCUAAGCUUCUUACAGAGAAGAAAUUAAAAGAAGAUUGCAACAAAAGAUGGUGCACUUUGGAAAGUGGUUUUCUGAGCUACUAUGAAAAUGAUAAAGCUACCACUCCUAAUGGUAUGAUUGACAUCAGUGAAGUUAUCUGUCUUGUAGUGCACAAGUCAGACUUCUUUUUAAAUAGAGGGGACAUCUUUACCUUUGAAAUCUACUUAAUGUCAGAACGUGUUUUUCUGUUUGGAGCUGAAACUGCAUAUUCACAACGAAAAUGGACUUGGGCAAUAGCUAAGCAUUUUGUUCCAUCUGUGGCUGAAUGCUUACUAGAGAGACACUGUGACCUCAUUGGCCAGCUGUACUACAAAGACUGCCAUAACCUGGAUCAGUGGAGAAAAGGCUGGUUUGCUAUAGAAAAGUCGAGCCUUUAUUUUUGUCUUGAAAUGGAGAAUGGUGAAGAAGAUUCUAUAUAUCUAAGAAGGCUGCAAGAGCUAACAAUCAGUAGUCUGAUGCAAAAUGGAGAGAAAAUAGAUGUCCUGCUGCUUGUUGAAAAAGGAAGAACUUUAUACAUCCAUGGCCAUACAAAGCUGGAUUUCAUGGUUUGGUAUACUGCAAUUGAAAAAGCAGCAGGUACAGAUGGUAAUGCAUUACAAGAUCAGCAGCUCAGCAAAAAUGAUGUUCCUAUUAUAGUGAACAGCUGUAUAGCAUUUGUUACACAGUAUGGUUUAGGUAGCAAGCAGAUCUACCUGAAGAGUGGUGACUCUUCUAGUGUGGCUGAACUGCUGGAAAGCUUCAAAAAAGAUGCAAGGAGUGUUAAACUAAGAGCAGGAAAACACCAGCUUGAAGAUGUGACUGAUGUACUGAAAGGUUUUCUUUCUCAAAUAGAUGAUGCACUUCUCACUAAAGAGCUUUAUCCAUUUUGGAUCUCGGCAUUAGAUACACAGAAUGAAAAGGAACGUGUGAGGAAGUAUGGAGCUUUUAUUCGGACGCUUCCGCCAGUCAAUAGGGCAACUUUGGCUGCUUUAGUUGAACAUCUGUACAGAGUGCAGAAGUGUUCUGAAAUCAAUCAUAUGAACCCUCAUAAUCUAGCCAUGGUUUUUUCCUCGUGCUUAUUUCAAACUGAAGGCCAAACUAGUGAAGAAGUCAAUGUAAUUGAAGACCUAAUUAAAAAUUAUGUGCAACUUUUUGAUAUAAAUGAAGACCAGGUCAAACAAAUGGAUAUAGAGAACAGCUUUAUUACCAGGUGGAAAGACACUCAGGUUUCCCAGGCUGGAGAUUUGCUUCUUGAAGUUUACGUGGAAAGAAAGGAGCCAGACUGUAGUAUUAUAAUCAGGGUAUCACCUUUGAUGGAAGCAGAAGAAUUAACUAAUGAUGUUUUAGGAAUCAAAAACAUUAUUCCCAACAAAGAUGAUAUCUGGGCUACUUUUGAAGUACUUGAAAAUGGUGAACUAGAACGUCCUCUGCAUUAUACAGAGAAUGUAUUAGAACAAGUUCUUCACUGGAGUUCACUACCGGAACCUGGCACUGCAUAUCUGAUAAUAAAGAGGUUUCUAACAGCAGACAUCAUAAAACUCUACAAUGAGAAAAAUGAGAAAGGCAGUGUGAAAGCAGGCAAUCUGAAGUAUAAAGAAGAACCAUCAAAAUUGCUGUCUGGAAACAAAUUUCAGGAACGUUAUUUUGUGUUACGGGAAGGAAACUUGCUUCUUUAUAAGGAUAUGAAGGCUAGCAAACCCGAAAAAGUGUUGCCUCUCAAUUCCCUGAAGCUUUAUCUUGGAGUGAAAAAGAAAAUGAAGCCACCAACAAACUGGGGACUUGCAGUAUUUACUGAAAAGCAUCAGUGGUAUAUAUGUUGUGAUGGACAAGAUAUGCAGAUGGAGUGGAUGAUCAGCAUUUUUACUGCACAGCAUGCAGAUACAUGGCCACCUGCCGGCAAAGCAAGAAAACAGUCUGUAACUAAAAGUCCAAAGAUUGGAGGCUUACCACUAAUUCCCAUUCAUCAAGAGAAGACCACUUGUAAAAUCAGAGGGAGUUCAGAAAUAGAACUACAAUCCGGGAAAGCAAAAUUUGGUGAGCAUCAUGAAAAUGAUUUCCUGGAAGAAAGAAAAAAAAUGAAAGAAAAAGCUUCUAUUGUGGCACAAUGUUUGGAACGGAAGGAGGGGAAAGUGCGAAAUCAUUCAGAAACACAUCAGAGCUUGAUCUGUGCUGAGGAUGUGGAUUCAGUGAUGACUGACCUGCAUCAAAGACCACAUAAGGCACUGAGAAAAAAUAAGAACAAAACAAGCAAAACUACUUUGGAAUUAGAUAAAAAAUUACCAUCAAAUGUGAUUCAGGAACUAAAUACAGUGCUGCAAAAGAACAGAGGACUUCAUGAUGAAACCUCCAGCUGACUUCCUGAGUCUGAAGUUUGAAAUAUACAUAUAUAUGUGUGUGUGUGUGUAUUUCCCAUGCAAAAAUAGUCUUUUUUUUAUGUCAUUUGUACAGGGCAAAGGCAAUAAUUUGUUUAUAUGCAGCUGCUGAUUUUGUAUAUGUCUAUGCCACAUGUUAUAAUGUAAGAUUGAACUGAGAGGACUGAUUAUGAAGAACUCCUGAAAUUUUGAAGUUCUCCUGUGCAAUGCAAUGACACCUGGGUUUUAUCUAUUACAUUUUAUUGCAAAUUUCUUUCAUAUAAUAAUCCUAAGCACUAUCAGAGCUUUUGUUCUGUUUAUAUUCUUUAUCAUCUUGUAAGUACUGGAGAGAUAUUUUUAGAAGAAGUCAAGAUAUACAGUGAAAUUUUUACUGUUGGUCUGCAAUAUAGUUGUUUAACACUAUGAAAAUGAGUAACAUCUGCUAUGAGAAGUAAUUUUUGCAUGUAAUUUUUUAUUAUUACUAUUUAAGAGAAAAAUUAGUGUCUCCUCUUAUAGGUUUGUGCUCUGACAGAGCAGCAUGUGAAACAAUCAAAAGGACUGUAGUAGAUAAGACAGCGUAAUUAGUUCUUGUAUCUGAAAACUGUGUCUCUAUGGUAUACACCUGAUUAUGACAUCUAAGCAAUGAGAGAGAAUACUAAGGAUGACAAAAAGCAAUCUUUAAAACAAUGUCUGAUUUAAAAGGGUAUACAACUUGGAAAAGCAGCAUCAUCUUUUUGCUUAACGGGCUUAAGUAAUUUUAUAAGCAGACCUUUGUUAGCUCUGUGUGAAAAAGGCAAAAUUUCCUAUCUCUGGAUAGAGCUUGCUUGGUGCUGACAAAGUUGCUAGCAUCUGAUGAAUAUUUAAUAUUCACAUGAGAAAUGAAUUUCUGUAAGAAAAAAUGCUCCCCACACAAACAUCUAUCAGAAAGGUUCUAACUCCCUCAAUUAAGAAGUGCCAGUUACUAAAUGGGUGAGGAGAUUAACCCCUCCCUUUACCAUGAGGACAAAGGUGAGCAGUAUGCUGUUUGCAGGAACUAAGAAAUGCUUGUGCACAGCUCUUCUGAGUGUGAGGGUAGGUCUCAAGGUCGAGAGGACAGUCUCAUUUGCUAAAUUCCAGGUAUCCAGGUAGCAUUUCCUGAAGACAGGUGGCUACCCUGCAGCUACUCUGUUUUUUAAGCUCAUGUUCCUUACAUUUAAAAUUAGAAUCUAGCUUCAAAACAAAACCUGUGUGAACAAUGAAAUUAUUUGGUUUUCUUCAGUUGUUUCAUGGGUCUCCCCUUCACUCAGCCUGUGGGAUUGUCUCUUUCUCUCUUAUGGCAUAGCACAGUUUUUACUUUGUCCCAUAACAGCUGGAUAGGCAAAAGGCAUGGCUGUGCUGAGACUGUUUCCAGGUGCUGCAGAUGCUGUCUGAUUAAGCAGCAGGACCAACAGAGCAGAGUUAAUGAGCUCACACUGCACCUUUCCUUCAGGGGAGGCAUUAAUAACAACAUCUGCUUUAUUUUGCUGCUGUCCCUUUUGUGGUCUGAUUAACCAGUCUGCCACAGUUUUUCACCAGCCUUUUAAGAACUUACUGACACCUUUAGUAUUCCUCAAGUUUUAUUGGAGUUUUCCAGACCUCUGGGUAAGAGGUAAUUUCAAGCUAUUUCUUGUUUAUUGGAAAUUUAAAUAUUCUCUUAAUUCCUUAAAAUUUAAGAGGAAAUAUUAAACUUAAUUGGCAUCAAUGAGACUGUUUUUUUAUCAAUGGAUAGUUUUGGGGAUGCUUUGUUGCUACUGAAUUUCUUUGCAUACAGAAGCAGUAUGCUCAUUUAUCCCCUCUUCUAUUUUUGGUAGUCCCAGGUGCCGUUACAUUUCUCACAUCGUUUAUUUCUGUUCCUGAUUGCAUUGAACAGCUUAAUUGGAAAAAAUAAUUUGUUUGAUUGAAGAAACCAGACAAAUGAUUCGAUAUAUCUGGCAACUCUGCUAGGAAAUACAGAGAAAAGAUCAAACUCAAAUUACUUUAUAGUGUUUUCUAUUUAUUCUUCUGGAAUGUAGCACAGACAAAGCAAGUUUAGUCUUUCAGACAUUGCACUUACUGUAUUUGACCAGUUGCUGAAUCUGAAAUGAGUUUGUAGAUUUUAAUUUUUCCAGUGCACUAUUGACUGUUUUGCUACCUUUAAUUUGUAAUUGAGCCUUUUCUCAUAAUUGAGGCCCUGGCUCAAGAAAGCAUAUAAACCUGAACUUAAGUUGUAUUGACUAAAGUCGGUGCUUCAUGUUAAUAAGUAGGUUCUUAAAUGCCGAUUUGAAUCAGGACCAAAUGCCACCAGGAGAAAUUACCUCAGUUUCUGUCAGAGGCUGGACCUGAAUGUGCUGUUUACAGUUGUACUUUUAGUUGCAUAUAUUUUUCAGUAUUGAAUUAUGAUUGCUAUUUUGUUUCUUUUUACUGGGUUCUUAAAAAUAGCAUUCACUUUACUGCUGAAAGCCUCAUGCAUCAUUUAAGCCCCUACACUAAUGGAGUAAAUGGAGCAGUGGAAGGGUUUUGAGCAUUGAAGUGAAUAUGUCUGUGAUGAAAAUGUUUUGUGUAUUUUUAUUGGAUCUAAGGUCUACAGAAAUACUUGUUCUAUUUCAAAAGCAUAUCACAGAAAAAGUAUCUGUAUGACUUCUGUUAAAAGGCCCUAAAAAGCAAGUAAAAAAAAAAAGAAAAAAGAUGUUUAUUAAAAUACCUUGAAAUUUGGUUUUGUAUGUGUACAUCCACAAAUACACUUGCAUAUGUGUAUAUGUGCAUACAGUUAUGUGCACAUCCAGAGAGACACUGAAGGAUGACAGUGUUAAUCCAAGGAAAAUUUGUUGGGGAAAGUAAAACUUAAAUUUACAAUGAAUUGUUUGAAAUAGGUAUCAAAGUCUUGGACCAAUUAUCUGACAUAUGAUUGUUGCACUACACAUUUGAGAUUGAUUCAAGACCUGCAGGAAAAUUCUGGUUUGUUGCAGUACCUUAAUGGCUACUGAUCUUUUAUUGUUCCUGUGCUAUAGAUUGGCAGAGGAAGUGUAGUUUUCAGAGAAUAAAUGAUAAUUAUUUCAAUAAAUGCUGUUUCUCUAAAAUAGGCAAUGUAAUUUUUUUUUCCCAAGAAAAAAAUAAAAAUGUUUGGGGUUUGGGUGUUUUGUCUUUUAAAAGAGACUUCUGUAGGUCUUUCCAUAUGAGAGCUAUUGAGUAACCUGACAUUUACUUCCUGAUCUGCAAAAGGAAAUUAAAUGAGGUAUAGGUAUUUUAUGUAUGGUUUUAUAACAAUGGGAAGACUAGAAUUAAAAUCUCAGUAACUCUCAAGUUCCUUGUUACUUUUUUAGACUUCUGCAACCAUUGUAGAUGUAAAGCUGGCAUGUAAACAUUGUUUAUACUAAUUGUUUUAACAUAAUGCCUGUUUUCUCUUUGUGUGGGGUUUUUCACAUGUUAGGAUGGGGAAGGGAAACAACCCAAAGUCCCAAGAAAAAUAUGAGCUGGAAUUUUUUUUUUUUAGUUGGUUCUUUGGCUUUCUUAGUUUUUGUUAAGUUUUGGGGUUUUUUUUCAUUUAGUUGAACUGAAUAUUGGUUACAAUUUUGGAAUUUUCUUCGAAACGGAUCUUUUUCAAAGAUAUUCCUUUGAGCUACCAGUUCAGGAGAGCAGUUUGGCUAAUAGGUUUUGUGCCUCAGCAGAAACUGCGCUACUGUAGAGUCAGUUUCACCAGGUGAGAUCUACAAAGUAUGUUCAUUCAGAGCUUGGCUUUAUCAUGUGACUUGAGUUGAGGCACGAUUUAUACAUUGUAAGACUUUGCAAACAUUAUCUAAGAAUCUGUCCAGUAGGGGAAGGAUAUCCCAAAAUAUUUCUUCAGUUAAUGUGGAGGGCUUGGCUGUGUUGUUGAUUUCUGUUUCUUAGUUCUUCUCUUUUCAAAGCUCUGGGAUGUUAUGCUUAAAGUGAGUUACUAUGCCACUGGCUGUGUCCGCCAGAGGCAUGCCUGCAUGGCUUCCACUGUCAUGUAUGAGGGUAGUUUUGGACUGCUCUGCAGGUGCAUGUUUUUCAGAAAGUAGAAGUUACGGAAUUUUAUCUCACUGCUGUGAUUCUGCUCUCCCCUGGUACAGUGCUAGUGCAGUUUGUGUUCCUAUAAGUGCUGCUCUGUUACCACCUGUUCCACAUCUCAAGUUCCGGAAUAAGGAAUCGGGGAAAAUAUUUACAUGCUCUGCUGGGGAUGGUGGUGGUGCCUUCAGGAGUCUGGAGGUGCAGGGUACAUCUUACUGUCUGAAGCACUGUUAUGGACCUACCCUGUGGUAUCUCCAUUCAGGUUUUUAAAUCUUUUCCAGUGCAAGCUGUUUCAGUGGGAAGUUACCAGUUAUCAGACUCUCGCUGGCACAACUUCAUUUGUGCCUGGGACCAAAUUGAAACAAUUAAAAAAAAGUACAGACUCAAGUCCUAGUAAGCAUAGCAUCUCUGAAAUUAUAUUUAACUUGGGCUAUUUAAGGCAAAUCUGUAGUCUCAGUAAGUUAGAUUAGGAAACCUGUAGUAUGUACGUGUGGGAUAGAAGCAGAUUACAUUGAUGGAUGGAUGGAAUGCAUUCCAAGUUGAAUUGUUUGAAAAACUAUGCACUUACUUGCAAAACUGAGCCUAUUGCAGAAAAAUUGACUAGGAAGAUUCAGAAUGCUUAGAUAUGGUCUAUACAAUAUUUCUGUUUCUGACCCUUCAGAAAUAUUCUCUGUGCUGUCAAUAAAAGAAGUAUUUCUCAGACUGGGGGUUUUGAGGGUGGAUUGUUCUCUGUAAAAAAGGCAGGAAGACUUGCAAAGUUAUCUUCAUGGUUCACUUUAGGUUUGUAUGUUUUACUGCUUUAAUUGCCACUCCACUGCAAAUGAGUUUCAUCUGCAACUCAGAUAAGGGGAAAAUCAUGCUGAAAUAGUUAUAUUCAUUCUUACCACUACCAUAUCUUAAUUGUCUUUGCUGAAAUUUCAGAACAUUCCUGUUAUGCUUUGCUGCUCAUGUUUUACUAGAAAAUCAUGGCAAUCUGUGAUACUGAAGAGGAAGAAGGAACUGGAUAUUAACGCCACAGUUACAGUAGGCAAUUCUAUCUUCCUGUGUACUUGCACUCUUGCACUGCAGUUUAGAGGUUUGGGGGGGUUUAGUACUUAGCCUUCCUGACUUUACAUGAGCCCUUCCUGCUUUUCGUUUUAGUGUCAUACACUCUGGUACAUCCUAAUCUUUAGGUUGUCUUCCAUGCCCACUCCUUUCUGCUCAUCAGCUUGAUGUGGUUUUGCUCUGCUUUUUAAAUUUAUGACUCAAAAUUUGGCCAUGCUUUUUGUUUAGAUCCCAUGAGAUUGCUUGACUGCUGAUUGUGGCUUCUUUUGCAAAUGGUACAUGCAUUAUGGUCAAGCCCACUGUGUCAAGCUUGCCUUAACCUUUAUCUUAAAUCCUGAUAGUGAUCUCCUCAAGCUUUCCUAUAAAGAAAGGGAUUUCACUGAACUGGCCAGGAGAGACAGAGGCUUAGGUGUUGACAAAUAGGUGUUAAAAAGUUCUGUAACUCCAUCCCUGGCAGUGUUCAAGGCCAGGUUGGACAGAGCCUUGGGUGACAUGAUUCAGUGGGAGGUGUCCUUGCCCAUGGCAGGGGGGUUGGAACUAGAUGAUCUUAAGGUCCUUUCCAACCCUAACUGUUCUAUGAUUCUAUGGUUUCUAUCCAUUAACCCUGAAGGUCUUCCUCAUAUUUACAUUUGUAGUCCUCAGCAAAUCAGAAGGCAAGCUAAAGCAAAUGUACUCUGUUUGGCUUUUUAAAUUAUUUUAGUUCAGUGCCUUAAUGUUCCUGUAAUAUGUGUUGUGCCUUGUAAUAAAGGAUGCAAUUUCUUGCAAUUUAUACCUUUGGUUACAUAAGCACUAAAGCCUUUUCCUUCAAAAAUCAAUUAGCAUUGGUUUGCCCAGAAUUGUGGACUGCUGUCUAACUAAUAGGUUUGAAUAAAUUGAGGUUUUUCUGUAUGUAUGAGUUUUAUAACUUGUCAUUUUCUCCACUAUUUAUUUUUCCAAAGUGUUCCAUUUAAAAGCUCAUAAUGUAUUUGUAUUUGACUAGUUUUGCUUUAUAUUUCUAUUUAAAUUACAAUAUGAUUGAAAUAUAAUUUCUUUAAAGAGCCUCUAGCCAUCAGCCUUUAUUUUAUUGUGUCUUAGUUUAUACUUCUGACUGACAUCCAGCACUUAAGUUUGCUUUCAUGGUCAGUGUUUUUUUUUCCUCUCUUUACUCAUUCAUCUUAUACAUUGGAACUGUUCAAGCUCAAUGAAUGAUAAAUACAAUAAACUGCAUAUAACAAUC